GUCUCGCCACGAGUCGCGACCCGGCGCCCGCGCCGCUGGACCUCGCGUCGCUGUGGGCCGCUGACGACGCUGCCGACCCUUGGCCACUGCCGCAGGAGCCGCCGGGCCUGCCGUCCUUCGGGCUCCACGGCGCGGCCGCGGGCCCCGCCCUGGGGGCCCCGGAGUCGCCCGGGGGCAGCCGUGCGAGCCCGCGACGGAGUC